UGGAGUUGUAUAAAGGUAUCAACUCAAUUGAAAAAGUUAGAAGUGAAGUGCUUGCAUCGACUGAGAUCCUCAAGAACUCUUGUUUGUUGUUAGAUUGCAGAAGAAAAGGGCAUGUCAAAAUGCAUGAUGUGGUUCGUGAAGUUGCUUUAUGGAUUGCAUCCUCCAGAGAGGAGUUUCUUUUGCGAGUGUUGAAACAUUGCCGAUGGAUGAAAGUUUCAAGCAUUUCAUAGCAAUCUCCUUCAACCGUGAUCAAAUGGGUGAACUUCCCGAAGGAUUGGUUUUCCCAAAUCUCAAAUUUCUUUUACUUGGUGGAACAGGUAAGGGUCGCAUGGAAACUUCAAGUGAAUUCUUUGAGGGUAUGAAAGCAUUAAAAGCUUGUACUUUGGCUGAUCUAUUGUUAUCUCCAGUUGCAUUUCAAUUCCAAAUGAACCUUAAAACAUUGAAGUUGUGUAACUGUAGAUUCUCUGACAUCUCAAUGGUUGGGAAGUUGAAGACACUUGAGAUUUUUUCCUUAAGUGGAUCUCUUAUCUCUGAAUUGCCGAACGAAAUUGGUGAUUUAGAAAAUCUAAGACUUUUGGAGUUGUCAAAUUGCACAAACCUACGAAGAAUCCCUCAUCGAUUAAUACAAAGAUUGUCCAGUUUAGAAGAACUAUACUUGCAUGGUUCUAGCUCAAUAAUAUGGGCGACUGAGAACACAACUGAAAAAGAAUGCUAUUCUAGCCUAUCAGAGUUGAAUUUAUUGCCCAAGUUGGGUGUACUAUCGUUGGAUUUGUAUCCUCAAUAUCUUUCAGAUGGCUUUGUGUUUCCUAAAUUAUGGAGAUUUGAUGUUCUCAUUAGUUUGGUUUGGAGGACGCCAUUUGAACCUUGUCCAAUCUCAAGAUCUUUGACAAUAUUUAAUGAGUCCAUAGAUGCAUGCAAGCAACUAUUUGAAGAUGUAGAAUCUCUUGACCUGAUAGGAGUGCAGGGCUCUCCAAACCUUAUUCCAAGCUUGGAGUUGGAAUUCAGUAAGUUGGCUUCUCUAGAUCUUCGUAGUUGCAAUGGUAUGAAAUGCCUAAUUGAUGCAUCAAAGCAACAGGUGCCAACCACUGCAUUCUCUAAUUUGAGAAGCUUAUCAUUAGCAUCUAUGCUUGCUUUAGAAGAGCUGUGCAAUGGCCCUCAACCACAAGGUUUCUUACAAAAGUUAGAAACCUUGUCCUUAAGGGAUUGCAAUGAAAUGAUUGGUGCAAUUCCAAUUUUACAAAAUCUUGAAGAGCUUCAAGUUCAUCAAUGUGGUAAAAUGCAAGUGCUAUUCCAGACUGUUGAAUUGAGGAGCAUAGAACAGUGGCCCAAUCAUCAUUUAAGCCUCCAAAGCCUAAAGGUUGUACAAAUAAGUGACUGCAACAGUUUGAAAUAUCUCUUCCCAAUGUCAGCUGCUAAUAAUAGCCUUGGGCAAUUGCAAUCUCUGGAUAUACGGAGAUGCUCACAAUUGGAAGAAAUAAUACAAGGGACAGAAGUGUUAAACAUAAGCCCCCAAAGUCUAAGGAAAAUAAGAGUAAGUGAAUGCAAUAAGUUGACAUCUCUUUCCUCAUUGUCCCAUGGUCACAGGUUGCAGGAGUUACUAGUGGAUGAUUGUCCCCGGUUGACACCUCUUAUCAUUUCGGCUAAAAUACAAAAAUUGGAGCUACGGAGAAUAACAAGUGAGCAAUUGAGCAAUAUAGAUAUAUUUAAUUGUGAAGAAGUGGAGCAGAUUACUGAGAAGGAUCAAACUUCAUCACAUGAUCAUCGACUCCAACCUAUUUGCUUUCCUAAUUUGACUCAGAUUAGUAUCUUCAAUUGUGAAAACUUAAAAUGUCUCUUCCCGAUUACUGUUGCUCAUGGAGGCUUUCCAAAACUUCUAAGUGCGUCCAAUUUGCAAACUCUGGAGAUAAGCAACUGCUCCCAGUUAGAAGAAAUAAUCCAAGAGCCACAAGUGUCAAACAUAAGCCUUCAAUGUUUAAAGGAAAUAAAAGUUGUAAACUGCAAUAAUUUAAGGUAUCUCUUCCCAAUGUCUAUUGCUAAUAGCCUUGGGGGAUUGCGAACUCUACAAAUAAGUUGGUGCUUUGGAUUGGAAGAAAUAAUCAAAGCAAAAGAGGCAUCCAACGUAUGUCUCCAUAGUCUAAUGGAAGUAUUUGUACAUGGAUGCAACAAGUUGACAUCUCUUUCCUCAUUGUCCCAUGGUCACAUAUUGAAAAGUUUGACAAAACUUGAAAUUUACGAUUGCCUUCAAUUGGAAGACACUUUUCCAAUCUCAAUGGCUCAAGGUCUUCCUCUACUGAAUGAGGUUGUGUUGGGAAAUUUACCUCAAUUCAAAGGAAGGGAUGGAAACGAGAUUGUGCUCACCCUUUCAUCAUUGCAGAAGUUAAAAGUGGUGAAUUGUCCCGGAUUGACACCUUUUAUCAUUUCAACUAAAAUACAAAAAUUGACCCUUCGGAGGAUGGAAGAAAGGAAGAAAAUGAGCAACAUGAUGGGGGAAGGAGGAUCAUCAGUAAGUAUGGAAUAUUUAAAAAUUUCCAAUUUUAGAGAGUUAUUUGAUUCUAGUUAUAACCUUUCAAGCCUGAAGUUCCUAAAUUUGUUUGGACUAACCGAAUUGCGAGUGAUAUGGAAUGGUCCCAUCCAAGCUGUAAACUUUCAAAAUCUCACUGAAUUGAAUGUUGGAGACUGUAUAAGCUUAAGAUACAUCUUCUCACCUACCAUUGCUCGAAAUUUGCCACGACUGAGCAAGUUACAUAUAUCUUGUUGUGAGGAAUUGGAGCAAAUUAUUGACAAGGAUCAAAAGUCAUCACAACAUCAUCUCCAACCUAUUUGCUUCCCUUGUCUGGCUGAAGUUAUAAUAGAUAAUUGUGAAAACUUGAAAUAUCUCUUUCCGAUUACUUCUGCCCAUGGUGGCCUUCCAAAAUUGAAGACAAUAAGGCUUGUAAACGUCCCCAAAUUAGAGCAGGUGUUCGAAGGAGAUGAAGCAAAUGUGAGUAAGGAUGAAGAGAAAGUGAUACACCUACCACAAUUAACCGACUUAGACCUUGGUAGGCUACCAAACCUCAUGAGCUUCAGCCCUGUAGGUUAUCAUUUUGUUUUCCCAUCUUUGGAUGAUUUAAACGUACAAGAUUGUCCCAACCUAACCACAAGGUUUAGUGUUGAUUCAGAGCAAUCAGUGCAUGCCGAAACACAGGCAAGCCAAUCAGUUGAUGAAACUAUAGUGGAAGAAUCUGCUACAGCUCAGGAAACUACAUGGCCAGCUGGUAGCAACAUAAGUUGGAGUGCAGAACACUGAAGAAGACAUUGAUGAACAACUUUUUGAAUACGAAGAUUCAAGUGAAUGAAGGCAAUUAUAUAAAAGGAGGUUACCUGAAAAUCCAUCCAUUGUGAACCUCUGGUAGUUGUUUCAUUAAACAACUUUGGAAAAAUUACUUUAUUUAAAACAGUUCAUAUUUUUUAAUGUUUGAAUAUCUUAUAUAAAAUAUUUUUCCUCAAA